UUAAACAAACUCAUUUUAUUGUUUUUCCCCAUCGCUGAAAAACGUCAAUCACAAUCCGAAAAGUCCAAAUAAAAAAUUUAGUUUUAGACUAAAUUUUCGAUCGCAAAUGGCAGGCAAUCUACCAACUGGGAUCUAUACCCAUUCUCAACGGGUUUGUCGACUGUACAAAGCUUCGCUCAGAAAUCUGGAAUCGUGGUACGAUCGCAGAUGGAUUUUCCGCUAUCAUGCCGUUUUGCUUAGAGCUCGUUUCGAUCAGAACAAAAAUUUAGCAGACAUGGUGAAAGCUAGAGCACUAGUAGCUGCUGGUGAACGAGAAAAUAACAGCAAACUCCAUCCCAUACCAAAGAAGUUUGCUAACAGUCCCGGUGGAUGUGCAUACGAACGUGAGGUUAUUCCACCAGAUUGGAUCUUAGACUACUGGCAUCCCUUAGAAAAGGCCCAAUAUCCGGAAUAUUUUGCACGCCGUGAGCAACGGAAGAAGGAAUACGUGAUCUGGUGGGAGAAACAGUAUGGAAAACACGAACCUGAGCACCACCAUUAGUCGCUGUUCGAUGAAAUUUUGAUUUGAAGCCGAGUUGUAACGUUAAUCCGAUUAUUAGAUUGGGAUUUCAAUUUACCCAAAA